UGGGCAAGCAAUGGCUCUGAAACUGCAAGGAGCCCGCUUGGCCAUGUUACCUGGAGCCAUAAAGCCUGCGAUCGCAGCCAUCAGAUCAUAAGCCAUGGAGUCCGGGCCAGACCUCAGGCGCAAUGCCGCCGUGCCAGCCCCCAAGUCGCUGUCCACGGCGCCGAAGACGCUGUCCAUGCGAGGCGCGCCAAUGAUUGCACAUUUGGGCGACCAAGAUGACCCGCAGAAGGCCGCCGAGACCUCCGUAAAGCUUCGCGAGAACACUGCGGCGAACCCCUUCAAGUUGGCCUCCACCUUUGGUGGCACUGGCAGCGGAGCCAACCAGGGCGUCAUCGCAGGCGCGGAGUACGUGCGUGGCCCGCUGCAGCCUGCCUGGGCUGCCCAGCUGGCGGAGAAGAGGGCGUUGCGUUGACGCCACGCAAGUUAAUGCCUCGCGCCGCGACUGGCGCAGGUGGAGCGUGAAAAAGCUCAAAGCGAACUGGCAGUCAACAGGCCAUCCCCUUGGGUGAAGUAGGCCAUGGAAAGCAAAUCACCAGCUGAUCUCAAGUCGAAUCCAUGUUCAAAAUUCCGAUUUUGGGAUUUGUCCUGUGAGGACAGUGCAAAAAGCCUGGGUUUGCAGCACUGCUCUGUUGCGAGCAUGUGGUUGUUUGUCCGAAUC